AAACCCGGAUACAAUCUGUGACCCGGAAGUAAGGUUUGUAAUCGUAGGAAGUUUUCCGCCAGAAAACGACACUGAUUUAAGAAAAGACGAAAUACAAAGACAGGCAUGGACUCUCCAGGCAGAAACCGAAGUCCCAGUCCUGUACCAAGAGAACAAAGUGGGUCCUCAGAGGAUGAGUCCAGUCCAUUAGCUGGGAGGCCCGAGCAGGCCAAUGCAGCAGAGAGAAGCCCCACAGAGCAAACAUCUCCUAAGGGCAAGUCUGCCCCCUCGAGUCCUGCCUCAAGCAGCUCAGACAGCAGCAGUGAUGAUGAGGAUAAACAAGCACUGAGGAAGAUAAGGAGCAGUGUGGCUCAGAUAAAAAGAUCCAGAUCCAGAUCCAGAGAGCAAGACAGAUCCAGGUCCCGGGAAGAAGACAGAUCCAGUUCCAGAGAGAGAAAUCGAUCCAGAUCCAGGGAAAAUAACAGAUCCAGGUCCAAAGAAAAAGACAGAUCCCAAUCCAGAGGAAGACACAGAUCAACAUCUACGGGUCGUGAAAGAUCAAGAUCCCGGUCCAGGGGACGAGACAGAUCCAGGUCCAGGGGACGAGACAGAUCCAGAUCCAGGGGACGAGACAGAUCUAGAUCUAGAGGACGAGACAGGUCCCGGUCAAGAGGACGGGAGCGAUCCAGAUCCAGAGAGAGAGACCGGAACACAGACCACUUUGACAGAAGACGCUAUGCUCGGAAUCGUUAUGAUGAUCGGCGUGAUGAUAGGGACGGGCGUUUUGACCGGCGAGCAAAUCAAGAUGCAGUGUCGGACCACAGGAGACGUGGUCGCUCAACCUCCCCUCCCACUGACAAGGAGCCAGUUGCAGCUGAUGAGCCACCGGUUAAGAAGAAAAAGGAGGAGCUAGAUCCAAUCCUGACGAGGACAGGUGGCGCUUACAUUCCUCCUGCCAGGCUACGCAUGAUGCAGCAGCAAAUCACUGACAAAAGCAGCCUGGCCUACCAGAGGAUGAGCUGGGAAGCUCUGAAGAAGUCCAUCAACGGUCUGAUCAACAAAGUCAACGUGUCUAACAUUGUCAACAUCAUCCAGGAGCUGCUGCAGGAAAACAUUGUCAGGGGGAGGGGUUUGCUGGCUCGUUCAGUGCUGCAGGCUCAAGCAGCUUCUCCCAUCUUCACUCAUGUGUACGCUGCAGUUGUCGCCAUCAUCAACUCAAAGUUCCCCCAAAUCGGAGAGCUGAUUCUCAAACGCCUCAUUCUGGCCUUCAGGAGGAGCUACCGCCGCAACCUCAAGCAACAGUGCCUGACUGCCUCAAAGUUUGUGGCUCAUCUCAUCAACCAGAAUGUGGCCCAUGAGGUUUUAUGUCUGGAGAUGCUCACUUUGCUCCUGGAGCGUCCGACCGAUGACAGCGUGGAGGUCGCCAUCUCCUUCCUGAAGGAGUGUGGACUCAAACUGACCGAAGUUUCCCCAAGAGGGAUCAACGCCAUAUUUGAGCGUCUCAGAAAUGUCCUCCAUGAGUCGUCUAUAGAUAAGAGAGUCCAGUACAUGAUCGAGGUUAUGUUUGCUAUCAGAAAGGAUGGUUUUAAAGAUCAUCCAGUGAUCCCAGAAGGCUUGGACCUGGUGGAUGAGGACGACCAAUUCACCCACAUGCUGCCACUGGAGGAUGAGUACAACACCGAGGAUGUCCUUAACGUGUUCAAGAUGGACCCAAACUUCCUGGAGAAUGAGGAGAAAUAUAAAACCAUUAAAAGAGAUAUCCUGGAUGAGGGUAGCAGUGAUUCAGGGGAGGAGGGAGACGGCAGUGACGAAGACGAGGACGAUGAAGAGGAGAAUGAGGAGGAAGGAGAAGAUGAGAAGGUCACAAUCUUCGACCAGACAGAAGUCAACCUGGUAGCUUUCAGAAGAACCAUCUACCUUGCCAUACAGUCCAGCUUGGACUUUGAGGAGUGUGCUCACAAACUGAUUAAGAUGGACUUUCCUGAGAGCCAGACCAAAGAACUGUGUAACAUGAUCCUGGACUGCUGCGCUCAACAGAGGACCUACGAGAAGUUCUUCGGUCUGCUGGCCGGGAGGUUUUGUCUGUUGAAGAAGGAGUACAUGGAGAGUUUUGAGGCGAUAUUUUCAGAACAAUAUGACACCAUUCACCGCCUGGAGACCAACAAACUGAGGAACGUGGCCCGACUGUUUGCUCACCUGCUCUACACAGACUCUGUACCAUGGAGUGUGUUGGAGUGCAUUAGGAUGAGUGAAGAGACCACGACGUCGUCGAGCAGAAUUUUUGUGAAAAUCCUUUUCCAGGAGCUCUGUGCCUACAUGGGCCUCCCGAAACUUAACCAGAGGCUGAAAGACCAGACACUGCAGCCGUUCUUUGAAGGUCUCUUUCCUCGCGAUAAUCCCAGAAACACUCGCUUCGCCAUUAAUUUCUUCACCUCUAUUGGUCUGGGAGGACUGACGGAUGAACUGAGGGAACAUCUGAAGAAUGCACCAAAGAUGAUAAUGACUCAGACCCAGGAAGUUGAAUCCUCUGACUCUUCAUCAUCGUCAUCAUCCUCUUCCUCGUCCGACUCUUCCUCAUCAGACUCUUCUAGUGAAUCAGAUUCAGACUCCUCCAGCAGCAGCAGCUCAGACUCUGACAACAAACACCGCAAAAAGAAGAGGAAAGGACAAAGUGAGGAGAAGAAGAAGAAAGAAAAGGACAAAAAGAGGAAGGGGAAACCUGACAAGAGGCAAGGAGGACACAAGAAUGACAAAGACGAGGACGACGGUGAGAAGCAAAUCAGGAAGGACAAGAGAGGCCGUGCGCAUGAUUUUGACGAGCAUGUGCGUGAGGACACCCGGCGGGGCAGACGAGACGAAAGGUCAGACAAAGAAGAACGCCGGGAGGAAGAGGAGAGGAAACGAAAAACAGGCAGGCAAAGAGACGGUGAGACAAACAGAGAGCCAGCAAGGGAGAGAGAGAACGAGGAGACGAGAGACAGAGGGGGGGAGCGAGCAAGGGAGAGAGACAACGAGGAAAAGUGGGAGAGAGAGAGAGAGCGAGCAAGGGAGAGAGACAACGAGGAAAAGAGAGAGAGAGAGCGAGGAAGGGAGAGAGACAACGAGGAAAAGAGGGAGCGAGGAAGGGAGAGAGACAAUGAGGAAAAGAGGGAGCGAGGAAGGGAGAGAGACAACGAGGAAAAGAGGGAGCGAGGAAGGGAGAGAGACAACGAGGAAAAGAGGGAGCGAGGAAGGGAGAGAGACGACGAGGAAAAGAGGGAAAGAGAGAGGGAGCGAGGAAGGGAGAGAGACGACGAGGAAAAGAGGGAAAGAGAGAGGGAGCGAGCAAGGGAGAGAGACAAUGAGGAGAGGAGGGAAAGAGAGCGGGAGCGAGCAAGGGAGAGAGACAAUGAGGAGAAGAGGGAAAGAGAGCGGGAGCGAGAGAGAGACGGAGAAAGGAAUAAAGAAAAUAGAGACAGGAACAGAGAGGAGAGGAGGAGGAGAUGAAACUUCAUCCCUGUGGCAGCAGAAAUGAUGGACUGAUGACUGACAGAUGAGUGAAGCCUCCAUCUUUCUCCUCUGUCAUCCCUUUUUAUCUCCUGUUUCUCUGCUGUUGUAAAUUUUGGAUGCAUCUUUGUCCUUCUGUCUUUUUUCUAUUGUUAAUAUUUGUUGAUGAAAUGAGUUUAAAAAAUUAAAAUUUGCUUUAGAUGUUUUGUAA